AUUGGCGUUGAUUUUGCGAUGAAAGUAUUGCUGUGGGAUGCAGAUACUCUAUUAAGACUACAAAUAUGGGAUAUAUCAGGUCAAGAUCGAUUCGGGAAUAUGACUCGUGUUUAUUAUAAAGAUGCGCAUGGCGCAUUAAUCGUAUUCGACUCAACAAGACAAUCCACUUAUGACGGAGCACUGAAAUGGAAAGCUGAUUUGGAUGUCAAAGUGACACUAGCGAAUGGCAAACCUGUACCUGCAAUUCUUCUCGCAAAUAAGUGCGACAUAAAAAAUAAUAUAUCUGAUGAAAUGUUGAACGAAUGCUGCAAACGAGGAUCCUUUAUAUCUGCAUUUCAUACAUCUGCUAAAGAUAACAUUGGUGUCGAAGAAGCAUUCAGAUAUCUCGCCGAACAUAUCGUAGCAACAGAAAAAGAAGGUCAAUAUGAAUUACCAUUAUUUCAACGCGAUGGCAACGUGCGAAAACUGGGUAGUUCAACGAGUACAAAUUAUACACAAUCAAGAAUAUCCAAUGCUGGCAGGCCCAGCUGUUGUUUUUGA